AAUCGACGAAACAGUGCAUCGCACAUGUUCGACGUAAACAACGCUUCUCGAACCCGGACACAAAUUUCUUUCCUCUGAAAUUUCACUGUUUUUGUAAUCUUUUAAAUGGAGAAAUGAACAAAUUUAGUGGGUUCAGUGAUUUAUGUGUGCCGUACAACAGUUCCACCAAAGAACUCCUAGGAAUAUUAAAAGAACUCGAUGAACUGGGAUUCAAGAAUGUUGCGAUUGAACAAAUUUACAAUCACGAUAGUUGCGAUAAGAAAGGUGAUCCAAUUCCAGACCCCAUCGAUCUGAAACCCUUAAGCAAAGAGCUAAACGGUCGACUGAGGUUGCUGAACCGAUUGACCAUCGUCUAUACCGAAGCAAACGUUACACUAGUAACCACACGUUCUGCUAAGCUCCGCGGCUACCAUUUGGUGGCUGUUGUUCCCAAAACGGAAGAUGCCUUUCAACAUGCCUGCCAAACAAUGCCGUGCGAUAUAAUUUCGUACAACUCAGAUACGGUGCGGAGUAAAAUGAGUAGGAAGUUCUACUUCGUUGCGGUAAAUCGAAAUAUAAUGUUCGAGAUCAAGUAUGCCCCGGCCAUCGUCAAUUCCAACGAUCGAAAGGAUAUUAUCAAUCGAGCCCACAAGUACCAUUCGUAUGGAAAAUCUAAGAACGUCAUCAUUAGCAGUGAAGCCAGGGAUCGAUUCCAGGUGCGAGGACCGUAUGACAUUGCUAAUCUUGGUCUUAUUUUUGGACUAAGCGAAGAACAAUCAAAGAACGCAAUUUUGGCAUUGUCCAGAAAAGUUUUCAUUAAUGCGGAGGCUCGAAGGCAUGGAAAAGCAGGAAUAAUGGUAAGGGUUCGUCAGGCGGCUGCAGUUGACAGCGACGACUACUCAGAUUCGGAACUGAAUGAACCAAUCAGCGAUAGUUCGGAAGAGGAGUCCGAAGAGGAGAUGGAUGAAGAUGAGGAUAUGCAGAGUGAUGGGGGCCAGGAACCACCUCGAAAAAUAGCGAAAGUUUGAUCAGUGCUCAUGGUGUCGCUUUUCGUUCGAACAAUACUGCUUAUUGUUGGUUAUAACAUGUAGUAUAGUUGAAAUACGA